AUUUUGCCAAGCCCUAGGCGUCGGCCCCUACGCGCAGCGCACGUUGGGCUACGGGAAGCAAGACCUCUCUCUGUGCUCGCGCGCGUUGCGUUCCGGCAGUUCCGAGAAGCUGUGCGAAGCGCGAGCAGCCUUUGCAAGCAAAACCCCUCUCACAGCCAAUUGGAUAAAAGCGCUAGCUCGACAGCGCCAAAACACGCCGUCGAAGCGAAAAUGAGCUACCACUUCGUCACCGGCGAUUUCACGCCGCAGAAGGUCUUCCUGCCGGACAAGGAGUACGGCCUCGCGCUCGACGCCCUCGUCAAGGGCUGCGCGGAUGUCCUGUUGACGCGGGGCGAGGGCGCGUCGCUGCGCAUUUUACUGGGAAAGCGCAAGGUGGAACCGCAGCCGGACUGGUGGUUCGUCGGUGGCAGGACGCGGCCCGGCGACACGCCGGCCGAGGGCGCGGCGCGGAACGUGAAGCGGGAGCUCGGCCUCGCGAUCGAAACGCGGCGCUUCGUCCACGUCAACACCUACUCCUUCGUCUGGAACUACCGCCAGCAGGCGCCGACGACGAACGGCACGGCGGACGCCUCGACGGUCUUCGAGCUGCCCCUUACACAAGCGGAGGCCGACGGGUUGGGACCCUCAAAGUUUGAUGAGAAGGAGUACGCCGACGCGGCCUGGGUCGGGCCCCUCGACAUCCUGGAGGGCGACUACCAUCCCGCCCUGCAGCAGGCGGUGCGCGACUUGUUGGCGCAGCGCGCUUAUAGGGACCUGCGGAACGUUUCAGGCGGCCCGCCGGCGGCCGUGGCGCGGUGCGCGCGCCGCUUUGUGGCAUGGAAGGAGGCGGCGCCGCUGCGCGCCUGUAAAGUGCGGUUCGUCGACGGGAGCUAUCAGUUUGUUGGCACGGACGGCGCUCGCGUGCCGCGGCCGACGAAGGCGUCGCCGUCAUUAGCACGGCCGCCCCUAUUUGCGCUGCGCGACGUCGCCUUCUACGCGUCGAUCGCGGCGGUCGCGUUCGUGGCCGGGCGGCGGUCGAAGUAACCUUGGUCGCGUGAACAGGGAUCCGGCGCGGCGGUCGAAGGGGGGAUACGGCGAGCGGGCACUUCUGUGCGCCCAAAAUCGGAAAGUCUAACUGUCUAUUGAG